ACAAGCACGGAGUGCUGUGCUGGCUGCCACCAAUGCUUGGAAGGGAAUGAGAAGCCCAGAGGAUGCUGAGCCCGGACCCCUGGUGUGGAGCUGCUGCAGGUGGGGCUGCCCCAUCCCAGGGCACAGGAUGAUGCCAGAGAGUAGCGAGCCUCUGUCCUGCACAGCCAUUUCCCUGUGAGAUCCGUGGUUUGCACCAGGGUGUGGCUGGGGCACGUCGGAGCCGUGUUGCAAGUGCCAAGAGGGAAGUGAGUCACCCACCUGUGGACCAGCGCCUUCUUUCCCGUCCCUGCUCCUCCUGACAGAGCUCCUCCAGGCCUGGCACGCUGCUGCUGCUCACGGAGGACCAGCGUCUGCUGGGCUGGAUAGCCCCAAGUGACUCUGCACUCAUGCUGCAGUUGCUCCCAUUCUGGUGUCCUCUCCUUGAGAGCUGCCCUCGGGGAGACCUUUCAGACCGUGGUCGGAGAAUGUAACACUGAGAAGAGGAUUGAGCACCCUCAGUAAGAUCUCCAUUAGAGCUGAAGAUGGACAUAUUGCACUGAAUCCCUUUGUGGCAAGAAGAAAAGCUACAGCAGGAAAUCGUGGUUCACACGUAUCCACUCAACAACACGAUGUCUGGAGAGGGCAAAAAUGAUGCUGCAGGCAAUGUGUGCCCAAUAGACUCUGAGUUUCGCUACAGCCUCUUCACUGUUUUCUACAGCAUCAUUUUCAUUCUGGGCUUUGUCGCCAACUGCUACGUGCUCUGGAUUUUCAGCCGUAUUUACUCCACCAAGAAGCUCAAUGAAAUCAAGAUAUUUAUGCUGAACCUGACAGUAGCUGACCUGCUCUUCCUGGUUACAAUGCCACUGUGGAUUGUUUACUAUCACCACCACGGGGACUGGAUCAUGCCCAAGUUCCUCUGUAAUGUGGCUGGCUGUUUCUUUUUCGUGAACACCUACGCUUCUGUUGCCUUCCUGAUGGUCAUUACAUACAACCGUUACCAAGCUGUGACGAAUCCCAUUAGAGCAGCUCAGUUUACCACCCAGAGAAGGGGUAUCUUUCUCUCAGCAGCCAUCUGGAUCAUAACAGUGGGCAGUGCUUUGUAUUAUCUUUUUGAUGAUAAUACGAAUGUGGAGAAAAUUGGCUCAAAUAAUUAUACACGUUGCUUUGAGCGCUAUGACUCUACUGGCAAUGUUACACCGGUUCUUGCCAUUCAUGUCAUCAUCUGCACCCUUUUCUACAUCAUUUUCCUAUUUAUCCUAGCUUGGAACAUCAUCAUUAUCAGGACCCUGUUCUCCAAAUCAGGGCAGCAGCGGAAGAACGCUCAUGUAAAGCAAAGGGCGCUCUGGAUGGUUUGCACUGUGCUGGUUGUGUUCAUCAUCAGCUUUGUGCCUCAUCACAUUGUGGACCUGCCCUGGACACUGACUGUUCUGGAGCAAUGGAAGAAGGAAAACUGUCGCUUGCGCCAGCAGCUCAACGAUGCUCACCAGGUGACUUUGUGCCUCCUGAGUAUGAACUGCGUGCUGGACCCAGUCAUCUACUGCUUCCUCACCAAGAAGUUCCAAAAGCACGUAUCACAAAAUCUGAAAAGCAUGAAAGGGAGCCGCAAGUGCUCCAGGCAAACCACAGAUACGGUGAUUGAGGGCACCAUUCACCAGGAGGACGCCAUUGGGUUCUAGGUCAGUCGGUUUUGAUUGCAGAGGCUGAGGUGCUGAAUGAGUCCCUCAUCUUUUCUCAAACGAAGGCACAGAGGGACACGACAGGGCCAGAAUAUUACUUUCCAUUUUUCCUGUAAGACAGAAGAAUGAACACCUGUUUGUGACAGGACAAGAGGCAGUGUGCAUAAACUGGAACACAGGAGAUUUGCCCUGAACAUUAGGGAGAACUUUUUAAUGUGAGGCUGACGGAGCACUGGCACAGGUUGCCCAGGGAAUCUCCUCCUUGGAGAUCUUCAUAAGCCACAUGGAUGUGGUGCCGGGCAAGAGGUGUCCCUUCUGAAACAGGGGUUGGACCAGAUGGACUCAGAUGUCUCUUCCAACCUCUGUCAUUCUAUGAUUUCUUCUAUCACUCUCAACUGGCAGCACUGAAACUUGUAAAAAUCUGUGAGAAAACCACCUUCUGUCUGUGCUGUGGGCACUGAGAGCAGCUCAGGCAAUCUGCUUUUACUGAGAGAAAUGCAGCGAGUGUCCGCAGUGAGCAAAGUACACUGAAAUUAUACAUGAUGUCAGCUCUGGUAGUACCAUGCCUGGUCCUUUGCCUGCUCAGCUUCCAGGAGAAGUCCAGUAUCAGAGCUGUAAGACUUCUAAACAGCCUGGUGGAACGUGCUGAGCUGCUACCAUAAUCAAGUAACAUUUCUGAGCAGCUGUCCUGAACUGUCUUUGCUCACAGCUUUUGUAUCAGACAAGUCACUCGACAAAGACAACACAAGGAAGAGAAAUUGGCAGUGCCUCAGCCCCCAUCCCAAAUCAGCUCCCCAGAGGGGGCUGCUGCCUGCCCCCUGGUUUCUUGUAUGAUUGCAAAACUGGAAAGUAAGUGGCCUCUUGCACUCAGAUUUUGGCCGGCUGGUAUUUUUGUGCCUGUGGAAAUCCCACCUCAUUUUGGAUGCUCUGGGUAAUAGAAGACUGCUGUCAGCAGGGGCAUUAUUAGGAGAAGACAAAAAACUUUAAAUGCUUCUCUAUCUUUGUUCUUAUUUAUUUAAAUGAGGAUUGUAAAAAGCAACUGUGCGCUGUCCUUCCUCUAGCCUUUUUAUUUCUGCUGUGAAGAAAAGAAGCUGACUGGCUCUUGAUAAUCUACCACAAAUGAAGUAUUUCUGAGUAAAUCGGUGAUGCAUAGUGAUGCAGUGCACUUUGCAGAGAUGUAACUAAUGCAAUUGUGAAAGACUUGAGACUCCUCACUCAGGGCUGGCAGCAGCCAGUAGGGCCCUAGGGUAGUUUUCCAGGGGUGCCCAUUUCUGUUACAAGUCAUGAGACAGUUGAGGUUUCUUUUUCUGACUGUAAUUACUCAAUCCAGCACAGGAAAUUGGGCAGGGCAAGGAGGGGAAGCUACUUGUUUUUAACAAUCAUUUUUUGGUUCCUCAAACUGCAUGGGAGAGUCUGGGUGGUAAUACAAGAAAAGUCUAUCUGACAUGGCAAUAUUAUUGAUUUGUAUGCGUUGUCAGCAGCCUUUGUAUGCCCACCAGUUAUGAGGAGAAGGUGAAAGAUGACCUUUCCAAAUAUAGGACCAACAGACCUAUCAGACCUGUCUAUGUUUCAGUGAAGAUGGGUGUCCUUCAGCUGUAUCUCCUGCAGCUCCUCGAGCAGCUUUUGUACUUGUGUAAAUGAGCAAAGGAACUAAAAUGCUUUUUUCUUUUUAAUGCCACGCCUGAUGGUGAGCUGUGCACUCCUGUACCAGGCAGUGGGCAGAAUGUGAUCAUAAGCCAAAUGCGUUCUCUCUUGGUUCUGUGCUCUGCUCCAAUAUGGUCACUCACAAAGAAUACCUGCUGGCAUCAUUUCACAGAGACUUUUCCCUGGUCCCUCAGCCAUGUUCAAAGCUUUGCUCCGUAUCCGCAGUCACACAGUGCAUAGCAAGGAUCACAAUACUUCAUCUAAAAGCCUAAAUCCUGGGAGCUGGAGGAAUGUGCUUCUGUAUUUUGCCCUCGAGAGACGGCACAUUCUGGUUGGAAAAACUUCUCACCACCCACGUAUCAGUAGAUCUCACUUGCUUCACAGCUGCUAAAGCACUGGACAGAUCGAGUUUGGCAACUCUUGGAGGAAAUGGAAAGGGAUUGUUUUGUGUAGAAAUGUGUAAGUUUAUGGUCUUCUAUAGACUGCUGGGAAACUUGCAGUGGAGCGUACAGUUUGGGUUACUUACUAUUUGCAAAUACACACAGAAGGCAAAUAGUCCACAGAAACCAACUGUAAGGCAAGUGGGAGAUCAACAGAACAAAUGUAAACUUGCUUCUAAGGGAAAGGUUAAACAGUGAAAGAAUUCUGAGCACUCUUCACGAGAUUAUGUUGCAAUAACUAAGUCAGCAAAAAGGCAUUUUAAAAGAAGUUUGACCUUCUACUUCUGUUCCUGGAAUUACUUGUUCUACAGCAGUGUUGCAGGACACAGUUUUGAUUUGCAAUGAAAGGAAUCCUCAAAUGUUCUUCUAAAUAAAGCGUGCUUCCCAAA